GCCGUGCCCAUGUCGGACGCGCUCUCCGCCAGCUCCCGCUCCGAGCCCCUGGACGGCGAUGCCGCGCCCCGGGGUCCCGCAGAAAAUGAAGACUCAGCCCAAAAGACAGAGGUUGCAGAUCAGCUAGUUGAUUCUUUGGAAUCCAGUACUUCACAGAGCAGAAGGUCACAGGCUUGGGCGCACCUGAGCACAGGCACAACAGAGCAUUCGAAGGAAGAAAUUGGCACUCUGGGGGACCAGAAAGUGGCUGAACUAGAAGAGAAGCUGCCUGACCAAAUCCGAUCUCUCAGAAAGGAAGCUGUUCCAUUAACCAGCUACCAUGUACCUCAGGGAGUAGGGGAUAUAGUCAUGAUUCAGUCAGAUCACACUGGUGCUGUGGAUAUCCUUUCAGCUGAGCUGGAGACUGCAGACCUUCUUGGGGAGCAGAGAAAAGCUCAGCCUCCCCCUCUGGCUGCACCCACCAUGUGGACCACUGAGAAGAUGAAGGAAUUCAAAGCUAAGAUGGGAAAGGAGAAGAAUGGCCGGAUGGUGGUGAAGCGAGGCGAGGUGGUGACAGUUCGUGUGCCAACCCAUCCUGAGGGGAAAUGCAUUUGCUGGGAGUUUGCUACAGAUGACUAUGACAUUGGGUUUGGAGUCUAUUUUGACUGGACCACAGUUACUAGCACUGCCAUUACUGUUCAGGUCAGUGACUCCAGUGAUGAGGAGGAUGAAGAGGAGGAUGAGGAAAUUGAAGGACUGUCCCCUGUAGGUGAUGUGGAACGGGGUUCCAAAAGCUACCUGCGGAACCGCUAUGGAGAGAUCACGCCUGUGUACCGGAGGAACAGCCAUCGGGAGGUACAGGCAGGCAGCCACCAGUACCCGGGCGAGGGCAUCUACCUGCUGAAAUUUGAUAACUCCUACUCUCUGCUCCGCAAUAAGACUCUGUUCUUUCAUGUCUACUACACUAGCUGAAGAAGAGGGAAGGGGCAAGGAUGGCAGGCAGGUGAUGGUGAGUGUAGCAGGCUGCCACCCAGCCCUGGUACUGCCUGACGGGCACUACUGUGUGACAGAACCACGGCACAAUUCUGCCAGCUCUUCUUUGGACAGUAACUGGUUUCUCUGCACACCCUUCUUCCCCGCUGUCCCAGGGAAGAAAGGUAGUUGUGGCUGCCUGGUUGUUCCCAGGCAGCUACUUUCUCUAAAACUCUGCUCCAUACAGGCGUUGGGCUGGUCCUUCACAUCACAGCUGGCAAUUGCCCAGAAGCCACGUUCAGGUGGUUGUGAUUCUGAUCUGUUGUGCUGGUACAAAAUGAAGUGAAAAUAAUCUGUUA